UUGUUCUUACCUCGGACUCGGCUGCAAUAAGCACGAUGGCUAUUCCGCUUUCCAGCCUGGCAGAGACGCCAGGCGAAUGGAUCUUACUGGCGUUUCACAUUCUUCUCUCGGCGUCCAUCGGCAUCGGGAACGUCGUUCUAGUUUUGGCAAUCGUCAGCUCCAAGAAGCUGCUGAGAAGAAACAACUUCCUCUACACGCUGAGCAUCACGCUCAGCGACUUGAUCGUCGGCCUGGGCUGGUGCUACAACGGGACCUUCAUGGUGAUCGAGAGCAUCCAGGGGGGUUACGACCCCUCCGGACUCUUCCCAAUGUUCCACGGAAUCUCGCUGCUGACCCUCAUGGCGGCUAUGGUGGACAGGUACUACGCCGUGCAGUACCCGUUCGACUACACGAAAAACAUGACUCGGACCAAAGUGAUCUGCAUCAUCCUCUCCAUGUGGUUUCUGUCGAUCGUCACCAACGUGAUCAAAACCGAGAUCCCUCGCACCUCCGUGGAGAUAUUCCACGCCUACUGCUCGCUGCUCGGGAACUUGAUCCUCAUCGCGAUCAUGGGCCCACUCAACCUUCGCCUCUACUACAUCACCAAACGGCAGCUGGGCAAAGAGCCGGCCACGGAGGGCGAGUCAAAGAAGCGCUCGGCCCAGCUGAUCAUCGCCACGUCCGUGAUGUUCCUGGCGCUGUGGACACCGAGCAUCAUCCACUGCGGCACGUGCAGCUACUUCAAGAUAUGCUACAAGGCGAGCCACAAUGCCAUCCACCCGUUCUUUAUCCUCCGGGUCAUGAACACGCUCACCACCCCCGUCGUGUUCCUGUGCGGGAGCCCCAUGACGAGGGCAUCUCUGAGAGAUGUUUGGAGAAAGCUGUGCUGCAAGAGCAACAAGGUGGAGUCGGAGUUUAAAACGACUGCUUCAUACAUUGAAACGAAAUGAGCAUGCGGCAGCAUCCCUGCAAUAAUCACCAACCCAUGUCAGUUUCCGUGGCUAAAGAUGUUCACGUAACGUCCAUACAUUAAUGUUGCCACGAGCACUAACAUUUCGCUAUUAUGUCCUAUCGUAAUGCAAUGUACGAUCAUAAUUGAUUACAAUAAUAAAGGCAACAUGUUACUGUGCUUUGUUAACGCGCUGCUGGAUGAAGGCCUCCCCAAACUGUGUCAGUCGUGCGGGUUGUUUGACCAUACUCAGCCGGACUGGAGGGCCCAGGAUUGGUUCAGGUAUCACUCGCCACGAUAUCACUUACAGCCGGUGCUAAACGUGGCCAGGAAUCGAACGCAGGUCACCGAGUUCCUACUGCAGUGUGCUGACCACUGUGCCACCACUCCACCCCCCCCCCCCCAAAUAUACCAGACAUUGUGCAAAAUGUCACUGAUAACAUCAUCAAACUGCAAAUGUUGGCUUUGUGUCUUAUUGUGUACAUUUAUUGGAGCAAAACAAAAUAUCGUAAUCUCAACAUGUGUAAACUGAGUUCCCAGUGUCCUAUUCUUGCACACUUUUAUUUUCACGUUCGAUAAAUUCCCCAUGAUGAUCAUUGUAUUUAAGAGAGGCAACUGAAUAUAAUAUCAACCCAUUGCAAAUUCACAUUUUUGGGAAAUAAUUCUAAAGAAAGUUGAUGGAGAAGAAGAUGACAGAUAUGUUAAAUGUGUCCACACAAAUAAAU